GUUUAUAAAAUACUAUUGUAUAUAAAUAGUUUCUGUCUAAUGGUUUAACUUGAGCUGUCUCGUUGUUUAGUUGAAGUAUAUCACGUAACGAGUUUUAGAAAUUUUUUCAAAUAAUGUUCUUCCAAGCACACGAAAGCAUAAAUGAAGAAGCAACAUGUUCGCGCGCAUACAUCUCAUGGAACACGACCUCGCAAACCUGUCCAAACAGCAGAACAGAAAAGAAAAACGUUGACAUCUGCAGAUGUAAAACUAACGUAUUCGAGAGAAAGGUCUCAAAACAAACCCUCAACUUCACAAGAAAAUGUAUCAAGAUGGAGUGCCAAAAGGAAAGAUUCUCUAACCGUCAACUUUCAAACUGACUUCGGGCAGAAUGCAAAGCGCGAUCGUCCUGCUUUUAGCGCAAUUCAACGAAAGAAAAAUACACAUGCAAACAAAUCGGGUUCAAACAAUAUUGAAAAAAGAGAUUCAGUCAUCAGGACACAAAGCAUCACAUCUUCACAAAGUUUACCAGAAGUAAGCAUUGAUAAACCACAGAAAGAUGUAACUUCGUUAAACAGGACAGUUACAGAUUCUUUAGACUCUGCUGUUAAUGUAGAUAAUGAAAACAUUUUUAUCACACAAUGCAACAAAAGGGAGAGGAAACAGAAGGAAGCUUGGAGUGACGAGCAAAGAAAUGAAACCUCGAUAUCGUGUGCAUCUAUCGAGUCUGUGAAUGAUGAUAACAGCAGUGAUUAUGAUACAGAUAUCGAAGACAGCUUUCCAGAACCGGAGUGCUCUCCCUAUGAUCCUAGUGCGACAGAUAUAUAUAUUCAAGAAUGUAAAGAUAUUGGCUUCAUUCCCAUUUCUUUUCUUAUGAAAAAAUUUAGAAAUAAAACGCUAGAAAUGCGUCACCACGGGCUUGGUGUAAAUGGUACCUUGGCUGUGACGAAGGCUUUACUGAACAACACGUGCAUAACACAACUGGAUCUUUCGGAUAAUCAAUUGAAAACAGAGGGUGGACUAACUUUUGCCGCUAUGUUGCAUGAAAAUAACUAUAUUUCAGACCUGGUGUUAUGUGACAACGAACUUCUUCCUGAGGCUGGCAUCGCGUUCGCAAAAAUGCUGCUAGUCAAUACUACCUUAAAGUAUUUAAAUUUAAAAGGAAAUAGAUUCACAGAUCGUGUUGCGAAAGCCUUUGCCGAGUCUUUGAAAAUCAACAAAUCCCUGCAAGAAUUGAAUUUAAGCUACAACGAAAUCGGUGAGCAAGGUGGACUUUAUUUGGGGGCCGGAUUGGCACUGAACAAAUGUUUAAAAUCUUUUAAUUUAAAAUGGAAUUGCAUAAGAGGCAAAGGAGCUGUUUCAGUUGCAGCUGCUCUAAGGAAAAAUUGCUGCCUGACUGACUUAAAUUUGUCAUGGAAUGGAAUUUCUUUUAUUGGAUGCUUAGCAUUCGGACGUCACUUAAAAGUAAACAAGGCAUUGAAAAGUCUUGACAUCAGCAACAAUCGUAUUGGUGUAUAUGGCGCUUCAAAGAUAGCUCAUGGCCUGGCGGCACAUCCAUGUCUCCAUACAUUUAAGAUUGGUUUGAAUCCAAUUGGUGAUGAAGGAGUGAUGUACGUUCUGGAAGCUGUUUUUAAAAACGCGUCUAUCGAACUGCUUGGCUUAGAUGACAUCACUGUGUCUCAUGACACAUACAAAAUGAUAUGUAGUCUUGAAAAUACACGAGAUAUUACCAUAGUAACGGGUGGUUUGGGCGGAUACAGCAAGGGAAAGCCUCCACCUUCUGGGAUGGACGUGUUGGUACAGUUUAUUCAAGACAAUCGAAUGCGACUCACAGAUUUAUUCUUUCAAUGGGACAAAGACAGGAGUGGAGAUAUUUCAAAAGAAGAAUUUUUGCGCGGGCUACUUGAAACUGGUUUGAAAAUGGAUAAAUUUCAAUUGAUGAAUUUGAUCGAUCAGAUUGACAAAAAUAAUGAUGGACUUAUAGAUUUCAGUGAGAUCACUGCUGGUCGAAAACUGGUUGUCAACGAGAGAAGAUUUCAGAAAAAAGUUGCUAUUCGCACUGAAGAAAGAGAAGCCGAAAGUAUACGCCUCCCAAAGAUCAAAGGCUUUUAAAGAAAGAAAGUCACGGUGUGAAAAUGUUUCACGGAAGAUUAUUCAAGAAAGACAAUGCAGAUGUUUCAACUUCGUGCCCAGUGUCUUGAGUAUUACGCUUAGCAAGAUAACAAAUAUAGCUGGAAAUUCUAAUACUUUAAUACUGCAACGACUGUACAUUAUUUGGAUGCUUUUCCAACCUCAAUCCCAGGACCCGUUGUCUGUCUUUGUAUAUUG